AUGUCCAAACGCAGUCCUUGUAUUGCUUGUAUUCAUUUUACUGACUCAGGUCUAUUCAACUGUUAUCUCGUUCAGAUUUUCCUCGAGCGCUAUGCGAUUCUGCUUGACGCUCAAAGUGUCUACACCUUUGGUCACUCGAUUUCGGCCGUCGUCUCGGACUACACUUCUAACAUGACUAAGGUUGUUACCGCCUUAAGGAAGUUCAUUUUCAACAAUCGCGUGGAAAUUCUCGACUGGCACAACCACGACAUCAAGGCCAAAACUUUCGAGACAUUAUAUCGAGAUGGUGGCGUGGACAACCUCGAAAUACACGAGUUAAUGAAGUUGCGGAAACUGGUUGUCAGCGAUAUUCAAGAAUACGCUGAUGCUCUAGUUGCUUUUUACGAAAAUGGACUACGUGCGAGGGAGAACGUAUUACGACGCUUGGGCAUCCAAAUACCCAGACCAUCAAGCCUUCGCAUCAUCGAAAGCACCAUAGAUUGCCUUAUGAAGCUUUCCAAAGAUAUCCCUCUUCUGAAAAAAACCGCUUUCAUACGUGGCGAAUGGCUGAGUCGCCUUCAGCGUCAGGUUGAGAUUGCUCAGUCCUACUCGGCAACACCACAGUACGACCAGAUUAAUCUCCUACACGUCAAGCUGUACUUUGCUCACUUCAAACAAGAACGUAUUGUUCAGGAGCGGUCGUACAACAUGUUUCUUCUCCUAGGAGCAAUAGUCUGCUUGCAUGUUUCAGCCGAAAUUGGUGGCACGAUUGGGCUCUACGUUGGCGCGACGUUGCUGACCGUUGCUGAGACUAUUGUCUUCUUUUUCGAGGAACGAACUAGAAAAAUUCUGGUGAAACCAGCCUACAUUUAA